AUGAUAGACCCUAUUCCGCCGCCUCCAAGGUGGCUUCGAGACUUGGUGGAACCGUGGGCCAUACACCUUAACAUCCCGGCCGUAACCGACCAUGUCCAUGAGAUCAUCGCCGCCUUCGCGUUCUACCAGUUCAUCCAUUCAUACCUAUCACCGUGGUUGUCUCCGCGGCUAUUCCCUCGCCAUUACCCGAAUCUGAAUAAGCGGACCAAGCUCAACUGGGAUGUCCAUGUUGUCUCCUUGAUACAAAGCAUUUUGAUCAACGCAGUAGCUCUAUGGGUGAUGUUCACAGACAAUGAGCGGAAGUCGAUGAGUACGGCGGAGCGGGUUUAUGGAUACUCGGGGGCUUGCGCGUUCAUAUCGGCACUGGCAGCGGGCUACUUCAUCUAUGAUCUGUACGUCAGUACUGUCUAUGUGAAGAUUUUUGGCGUCGGAAUGCUUUUCCAUGCCGUUAGUGCCCUGUGGGUUUUCAGUCUUGGCUUCAGACCCUUUCUCCACUUCUACUCUCCGGUCUUCAUCCUUUACGAGCUCUCUAGCCCCUUCCUCAACAUCCAUUGGUUCUUGGAUAAAGUCAACAUGACUGGUAGCAGACUGCAAUGGUAUAACGGCAUGCUCCUGCUCGUCGUGUUCUUUUGCUGCCGUCUCAUAUGGGGCACGUGGCAAUCGGCCGCAGUGUACAAGGACAUGUGGUACGCUCUCAAGCAGGCCUGGUCCGCAUCAGAAGCCGCCGCGCUUAAUCCCGUCGACAUUACUGCGGACGUUUUCCAAAUUCGCGAUGGGUCCAUGUGCGUCAAUGAAGCCUGUGCGAGGGCACAGGCAGAGAUCACCAAAUUCUCCAAAUACACCGCCGGCGGUGUGCCCACCUGGCUGGUUGUGACGUACGUCGUGUCGAAUGUCGUCCUCAAUGGGCUCAACUACUACUGGUUCACCAAGAUGAUUGAAGCGGUUGUCAAACGCUUCCGCGCGCCUGCGCCUGCGGGUAAGACGAAGGAAGAGGAGCUCGCGCAGGAUGUCGUUAUUGAGGCCGCUACCAAGCUAGAACAGGAGGAGGGAGCUUUCACCACUGGCGAUUUGGCUAGCGAGAAGAUUGCUUCCGCCGUCGAUGGAGGCCCGAGCGAAGAGUUGCGGAGGAGGAAUCCUAACGUGGCUACCGCAGCCCGCUCUUAG